AUGGAAGAYSGUAUUUGCCAGUCUAUCAACUUCGACGUUCAAAAUUUUCAUUGCCAGUUCAACAACGACACCAGAAGACUGCGGCCURRGAAUGUCCAGGAGAACGAGCACAGUGUUUAUAUGGAAAAACCUAAACSAGCAAAGCCAAAGAAGGGUUCCRAUCCUCUUYUUGCUGGUCACUCGUGCAAGGAAAUCAAAGAUCUUGGUGAUUCUCGUGGAGAUGGAGAAUACUGGAUUGAUCCUGGGAACWCUGGACAACCCUUCACUGUCUACUGUGACAUGACUACUGAUGGAGGAGGCUGGACAUUGAUAACGAGGGCACAACUGCCGACUACAGCUCCGCAACCAUUUGUGCUAGAAAAAGAGUAUAAGGCCCUUGCAAGCUACACAAAUUACAGGCAACGGAUCAGAUUAGCAGGACUGAGAGUCUUAAGACAAGACAUGGGUUUCCAUCAGCUUCGAUUUCGAUGUCKUAAGAAGAGCAUCAACCGAACCAUUCACAUCAUGACAACCAACAACACCGCUGGMCACAAAGUACUGGAUCACUUCUUCGUCCAGACAACAUGGCCGACAGCGUGUGGCUCGUUUGAAAGACUACCAGAUGACACGUCGAUUCUUGCACAGAAUUGCCUGAAGUGGGGUCAUAAUGGUGGAAAAGUCGAGGUGAAUCGAUGGGGAAGAUAUACCGAUAUUGGAAACAGCCGAAUACACAAUAAUGUUAUUAUAUGGGAAAACAAGUACUUCUUUUCCAGCCAGAAUUAUAAUUGUGAUGACUUUACUGAAGAUACCUAUGGAGCACUCAAUGUUGGGGACAUUUGGGAAUUGUUUGUUCGUUAAAGUAAAAAACUGCAUUGAUGUCUAGGAAGUCUGAAGUCUCCUUCACGGUUCCC